AACUCUGAAGUGGGGUAUGGAUUAUGGAAUUUGAGGUCCAUAUCUCACCAUUUCCAGUCUGUGGAUAAGAGAACAAUCCAGUGAACAAAUUUUCAUUGGACCAAAUUUUCCUGACUUGGCUUUAAUCCACUCUCCAUUUUUCUCUCUCACACAAUACUCUUGAAGCUCCAUCAGAAGAAACUUCUAAGCUUACAGAACUAACCAGUCAUAGAUGGCAGCAACUAUGGCUACAACAAUGGCAAUCCUGCACGCAAAGUGUUCGACGAUUUGCUCUUCCAAAAACAGCAAUCCCACCAAGCCAUUCUCAAAACCCACUUCACUUCUCUCCCUUCAGAACCUCCCAAAGGGCCUAACCAUCUCAAAACCAACUGAUCAGCUCCAAUCAUCAUCAUCUUCCCUUGCUGGAGCUGCAAUUGCUGGCGCAAUAUUUUCCAGCUUGAGCUCAUGUGACGCGGCCUUUGCAGCCCAACAAAUCGCUGAGAUUGCUGAAGGAGACAACCGUGGGAUUGCUCUGUUGCUACCAAUUAUCCCAGCGAUUGCGUGGGUUCUGUUCAAUAUUCUUCAACCAGCACUGAACCAGAUCAGCCGCAUGAGGAGCACAAAGGGGGUUCUAAUUGGGGUUGGGCUUGGUGGUUUAGCUGGUUUAAUGGGAACACCAGAUGCAUCUGCUGGUGAAAUUGCUAUGAUUGCUGAUGGUGCCACCAGUGACAACAGAGGUCAGCUGCUGCUUUUCGUUGUAACACCUGCGAUUCUGUGGGUUUUGUACAACAUUCUGCAACCUGCUUUGAACCAGAUCAACAGGAUGAGGUCUGAGUGAUUUGGGUUUGGUUAUGAUAGUGCAAAUUAAGUCACUUGUAAUUGAAAAAAAAAGAAGAAAAAACCUUAUUAUAAUGAAGCCUCUACUGCUCUUUUUUGGUCUAUGA